CCCAUUUAGAUUUAGGCCCCUCCGGGAAAAAGAUCUCGCCCCAAAUUCCUCCACCGCCGCGGAAAGAAUAGACAUGUAGCCCACAGAACGCACGCGCUCUCCCUCCCUCUCUCUCUCUCUCUCUCUACCUUCAUCCACCCUCUCUCCUCCCCACUCUUCUCCUCUCUCUCCUACCCCACCCCCGGCCCCCUCGCCGCCUCCUCCUAGGGUUCCGCCACCGCCCCCCGGCGGCCCGCCUUGCUGCGCCGCCUGCCUCCCCGACCGCCCGGUGUCGCACCCCGAUCUGGACGGUCCUCCCCUGCCGCGGACACGCCGGUGCGAUCUGAUCCGGGCGGAGCGAUUCAGGAAGGUUUCGUGGGGGGAUUUCGUAUUUAGGCGGUGAGGGAUUCCGGCCCCGUGGCGUGGCUGGAUCCGUGUAUCAGGCUGUUAACUCGCCGCGCUCUCGUGUUGAUCCGAUAUAAAGGGUCGAUGGCUACAGAUUGAGCGCGAGAGGGAUCGUCUCUCUCUCAAUUUUCGCGAAAGCUGCGAUUUUGCGGUGGUGUGGGCGGUGAGUUUUGCGGAUUUUCCGGGUUUUCCGGCGGCCGAUCCGUGCUACUUUAGUUUUUCUGGCGUGGAGGCGGCUGCUCGUCGCGGCGGAUUACUUAGUUGCUUCAUCUCCCGAGGAGGGUUUUGUGUUCUCGUGCGGUUGGUUCCAUGGCGGGGGGCUCUAAUACCCCAAAGCAGUACGGAAUAACCAAGCCGAUUUCGUUGCUUGGGCCGGUGGAGGCUGAUCUCCAUAGGACGGCGGAGUUAGAGAAGUUUUUGGUUGAGGCUGGUCUAUAUGAGAGUGCCGAGGAGUCCGCUAAGCGGGAGGCGGUACUAGGGGAGCUCGACAAGGUUGUAAAAGACUGGGUGAAGCAAUUAACUAGUCAGAGAGGAUAUACUGAUCAAAUGGUUGAAGAGUCAAAUGCCGUACUUUUCACCUUUGGCUCAUACCGUCUAGGGGUUCAUGGACCUUGGGCCGAUAUUGACGCUCUUUGUGUUGGACCUUCAUAUGUGAAUCGCGAGGAAGAUUUCUUUAUGGUACUACAUGAUAUAUUAGCACAAACAGAGGAUGUCACUGAGCUGCAGCCUGUACCUGAUGCACAUGUCCCCGUUAUGAAGUUCAAGUUCCAUGGAAUAUCAAUUGACCUUCUUUAUGCCAGCGUCUCUCUGUUAGUAGUACCACCUAACUUGGAUAUCUCUCAAGGAUCAGUGCUUUAUGAUGUUGACGAAGCAACUGUUCGUAGUCUUAAUGGGUGCAGAGUAGCAGACCAAAUUCUUAGACUUGUUCCAAAUAUUGAGAACUUCCGUACAACAUUAAGGUGUUUGAAAUACUGGGCAACAAGAAGAGGUGUUUACUCCAAUGUUACUGGUUUUCUUGGUGGUGUCAAUUGGGCUUUGCUGGUCGCACGUGUCUGCCAGCUCUAUCCUAAUGCUGUGCCAAGUAUGCUGGUCUCGAGAUUCUUCAGAGUUUUUACCCAAUGGCAGUGGCCAAAUCCAGUUAUGCUUUGCUCCAUAGAGGAGGAUGAAGUUGGUUUCCCCGUAUGGGAUCCACGCAAAAAUCCUCGAGAUAGAUCUCAUCAUAUGCCCAUUAUAACCCCUGCAUACCCAUGUAUGAACUCCAGCUAUAAUGUUUCAACAAGCACGCUGAGGGUUAUGAUGGAGCAGUUUCAGUUUGGUAAUAAAAUUUGCCAGGAAAUCGAAAUGAAUAAGGCUAGUUGGUCUGCUCUUUUUGAGCCUUUUCAAUUUUUUGAAGCAUAUAAGAAUUAUCUACAGGUUGACAUCAUCGCCGAGGAUGAUGAAGACCUUAGACUUUGGAAGGGAUGGGUUGAAUCUCGAUUGAGGCAACUGACUUUGAAGAUUGAACGUGAUACAUAUGGAAUGCUGCAGUGUCAUCCUUACCCACAUGAGUAUGCAGAUCCUUCUAGACAGUGUGCGCAUUGUGCUUUCUUCAUGGGCUUAUCAAGGAAAGAAGGUGUUAAAAUACAGGAAGGUCAACAGUUUGAUAUUCGUGGAACCGUAGAUGAGUUUAGGCAUGAAAUCAACUUGUAUAUGUUCUGGAAGCCUGGGAUGGAGUUAGCUGUUUCUCAUGUUCGAAGGAAGCAGAUCCCAGCUUAUGUGUUUCCAGAUGGUUAUAGGAGGCCUCGCCCUUCGAGGCAUGCGAACCAUCAGCAUCAGUCUGAUAAAAAUGACACUGAAGAUGGCAGUAUGGCCAGAUCUCCGGACAGUCAGAUCAAGAGAAAGCAUGAUUCUGCUGGGAUUGAUGAUUCUGAACCUUGUAGGCCUGUUAAGAGGGCAUCGGUCAGUCCAGUUCAUCCAAAAACUUCAUCACCUCAAUCUGGGAAUGUCGGCGAUGAGACCCCAAGUAAUAACCAAAUCAAAAGGGCUUCUAGCGAUGUGUGUGGUGGGAGUCAGGCUUCACAUGGCAGUGGCAACCUAGAACGACCAAAUUGCUCAAACUCAUCACAGGCAUCUGAGAGAAGCUCAGAUACUGUUGCAUCAGGCCCCAGGUGUAAGACAAGGGAAUCAGCUUGUUCUGGUGAUGCAACUAGUAAGCAUGGCAUUCCUCUUGUUGAGAACUGCACGGCUCCAACUGUAGCAGUAUGCACAACUUUGAAGCGUGUAGCUGAGAAAGUUGUGUCAGAUCUAGUUGGAAGUGAAAGGUUGGGAAGCAGCAACAGUGCCGAGUUACUGGAGAGUAUGGAAAAGGAUGUCCUUGUUGAAAAUGUGCAUUUUGGUGUGAAUGGUGUCACUCAAGGUGGCCUUCCUGAAGAGUUAGAGCCAACCCAUGGGAUUGAAGUGGUUUCGUAAGCUCAUGCAGGUAUGAACUCAGUUGCGCCCGGAAGUCGUCAUGGAGGCAUGGUCUUGAAUUUGAUCCUUGUGCAUUCAGUAUUUACAUUGCUCUGUUUUCUUUAUACUCGGCUGUUUGGUAUUUGUUUGUUACUUUAUGGCAGGGUUAGUCUGAUGUCAACUGCAUGAGAUUGGAAAAUGGGUGUAGAAAGGACAAGUUCCACCCUGCUCUAGGGAAUGGUAAGUUGCUCAACUCACAAAAGUUUCCUUUUGGACACAGAUAUGCAAGCAUGGGGGUUUCUCGAGGGAAGAUGAUGUUGGCAAAUCAUGUCGAGCAAUGCAUGGCAAAAAAAGAAAGCAACAAAGAAGGAAUCUGUUUCGUGGAAGGACAUUAGAUGCUUGCUGGAACUCUAGAUCUACAUGGAACUUCAGUUUCGGUUUUUUACUCGUGGAGCAGCUG